CUCCCGACAAGAAGCGAACGGAGGUUGUUUUCUGAGGAGAAUUUUCUUUUAGCGCUCUGGCGUUUUGUUGUUUAUAUUUUUAAGCUGUUAAAUUAUUUUACCAGCCUUGUUUUAGCUUUGAGAGGUUCCUUUCGGCUACGUUUCCUUUUUAAACCCAUAAGAUUGUACAUCAAAAAGAAGAUUGUAAAUAGACAACGAGUCGCCUGCAGUUCACAAGUGUUGCGAGGAGGAGACAUUGAGGCCCUCUCGAUUAUGAAUCCACGAUGAAGAGGAGGCUGGAGGAACAGGAAGCGAUCUUUGCAUCUCAGCAGCGUCGUCUCCCAGGAGGAACAGAAGGUUUCCAGCACCGUGUCCUGGCCCCGGCGCCAGCUGUAUAUGAGGCCGUGGCGGACGGCAUGCAGCCUACCGCCAGCAUCCAGUACUCCGUCCCACAAAGCUACCAGGUUCCCACUGUGGCCCAGAGUUCCAGCAGCCAUGGGCACCCCCCAGGCCCAGCUGCGCAUAGUGGAGGUCACCACCACAGCCCUGCUGCCAACCCCCAUGGGCCCCAAGGAGCGCAAAACCACCCGCAUCCUCCAGCACCCUCUGCCCCCACACAGGGCCAGCAGCAAUUCCAGAGGCUCAAGGUAGAAGAUGCAUUGUCCUACUUGGAUCAAGUGAAGCUACAGUUUGGAAGUCAGCCUCAAGUUUACAAUGACUUCCUUGACAUCAUGAAAGAGUUCAAGUCUCAAAGCAUUGACACCCCUGGAGUGAUCAGUAGGGUCUCUCAGCUCUUCAAAGGACACCCUGAUCUCAUCAUGGGUUUCAACACCUUCCUGCCACCUGGCUACAAGAUCGAGGUGCAGACCAACGACCUGGUGAAUGUCACCACACCUGGCCAGAUCCACCACAUAACUCCUCAUGGAAUUUCCGUUCAGAACAUUCCCACAGUUACGACCCCACAGCAUCAGUCUCACCUCGGAUCCUCCCCUUCCACUGCAGCCCUGGCUGCACCUGUUCAGCCUACACCAGCCAAGAUGAGCAAGCCGCUGCAGUCCCCAGCCUUGACCCCCAGCAGCCAGCCCAACCCGUCCAUCCCUCCAUAUGCCUCCCCACGUUCCCCGCCAGUGCAGCCCCAUACCCCGGCAAGCACCACCCCCUCAGGGGCUCCUGUACUGCAGAAUAACCAGCCUGUGGAGUUCAACCAUGCCAUCAACUAUGUCAACAAGAUCAAGAAUCGCUUCCAGGGCCAGCCUGACAUUUACAAGGCCUUCCUGGAGAUCUUGCACACCUACCAGAAGGAACAACGGAAUGCCAAGGAGGCCGGGGGGAACUACACACCUGCACUUACAGAGCAGGAAGUGUAUGCACAAGUAGCCCGUCUCUUCAAGAAUCAGGAGGACCUGCUCUCAGAGUUUGGUCAGUUCCUACCAGAUGCAAACAGUUCUGUGCUGUUAAGCAAGACAACAGCGGAGAAAGUAGAUUCUGUGCGCAAUGACCAUGGCGGCACAGUGAAGAAGCCACAGCUCAACAACAAGCAGAGGCCCAGUCAGAACGGCUGUCAGAUCCGCAGGCACCCCAGCUCUGGGGCCACGCCCCCUGUCAAGAAGAAACCCAAGAUAUCAGGCUUGAAAGACCAGUCGCUGGCAGAAGUCAGUAAACAUGGCAUUGGCAGUGAGUCACUGUUUUUUGAAAAGGUGCGAAAGGCCCUCCGGAGCUCCGAGGCUUAUGAGAACUUUCUUCGGUGCCUGGAUAUCUUCAACCAGGAGGUGAUUUCUCGUGCAGAGCUGGUACAGCUAGUGCUGCCUUUCCUGGGAAAAUUCCCAGAGUUAUUUAACUGGUUUAAGAACUUCCUGGGAUACAGGGAGUCAUCUCACAUCGAGAGCUUCCCUAAGGAGCGGGCCACUGAAGGUAUUGCAAUGGAGAUAGACUAUGCCUCUUGCAAGAGGCUUGGCUCUAGCUACAGGGCACUUCCCAAGAGUUACCAGCAGCCCAAGUGCACUGGGAGAACACCGCUUUGUAAAGAGGUUCUGAAUGAUACAUGGGUGUCAUUUCCUUCGUGGUCUGAGGAUUCCACCUUUGUCAGUUCCAAAAAAACGCAAUACGAAGAGCACAUUUACAGAUGUGAAGAUGAGCGGUUUGAGUUGGAUGUCGUCCUAGAGACGAAUCUAGCCACAAUCCGUGUACUAGAGAUGGUGCAGAAGCGGUUGUCCCGCAUGUCAGCUGAAGAGCAAGCCAGGUUCCGGCUGGACAAUUGCCUGGGCGGCUCCUCUGAGGUCAUCCAUCGCAAGGCUAUACACAGGAUAUAUGGGGACAAAGCCCCCGAUAUCAUUGACGGUCUGAAGAAAAAUCCUGCUGUGUCCGUCCCUAUCGUGCUGAAGAGGUUAAAGGUCAAGGAUGAGGAAUGGAGGGAAGCCCAGAGAGGCUUCAACAAGAUCUGGAGGGAGCAGAACGAAAAGUAUUACCUGAAGUCAUUGGACCACCAGGGCAUCAACUUCAAACAGAAUGACACCAAAGUCUUGCGCUCAAAGUCUUUGCUCAAUGAGAUUGAGAGUAUAUAUGAUGAGCGACAGGAACAGGCAUCAGAAGAGAACGGUGCCCCUCCAGCUGGUCCUCAUCUGACACUGACCUAUGAGGACAGCCAGAUCCUGGAAGAUGCUGCCGCCUUGAUCAUCCAUCACGUUAAGCGACAGGCUGGCAUCCAAAAAGAUGACAAAUACAAGAUCAAACAGGUGGUUCACCAUUUCAUUCCCGAUAUGCUGUUUGCCCAGCGAGGGGAGCUGUCUGACCUGGAGGAGGAAGAGGAGGGGGCAGAACUAGAUGAGGGUGGCAUCAAGAAGCACAAUGGCAUGGCAGCUGGCGGAAGCCCAGCCAAGUCAAGGCUGCUGUUCAGCAAUACAGCUGCACAAAAACUACGCGGAUUGGAGGACACCUACAACCUUUUUUUUGUGAACAACAACUGGUACAUCUUAUUGCGUCUGCACCAGACGCUGUGCUCGCGGCUGCUGCGCAUCUACUCGCAGGCAGAGCGGCAGAUUGAAGAGGAGUGUCGGGAGCGUGACUGGGAACGGGAGGUGCUUGGCCUCCAGCGGGACAAGAACGACAACCCUGCUGUUCAGCUCCGACUCAAGGAGCCUAUGGACAUCGAGGUAGAUGACUACUACUCCGCCUUUCUGGAAAUGGUGCGCAACCUUCUGGAUGGCAACAUGGAUGCUUCCCAGUAUGAGGACUCUCUACGUGAAAUGUUCACAAUCCACGCCUACAUUGCAUUUACCAUGGACAAGCUUAUCCAGAGCAUUGUCAGACAGCUCCAGCAUAUCGUAAGCGACGAGAUCUGUGUUCAGGUGACUGAUCUGUACCUGUCUGAGAGCCAAAACGGUGCCACAGGAGGCACCCUGUCGACUCAAGCCUCUAGGACAGCGAGCGAGAUGUCCUACCAACGUAAGGCGGAGCAGCUCAUGUCUGAUGAAAACUGCUUCAAGCUGAUGUUCAUAAAGGCUAGGGGGCAAGUGCAGUUGACAGUGGAGCUUCUUGACACAGAGGAGGAGACCUCUGACGAGCCUGCUGAAGCAGAGCGCUGGUCAGAUUACGUGGAGCGGUACUUGAACUCAGACUCCACCUCUCCAGAGCUGCGUGAGCACCUGGCACAGAAGCCAGUCUUUCUCCCCAGGAACCUGCGGCGAAUACGCAAGUGCCAGCGAGGGCGAGAACAGCAAGAAAAGGAGGCCAAGGAAGGUGGGAGGAAGUCGGCAGACAGAGCAGACAAUCUCGCAAAGAUGGAAUGCAUGUUCAAGCUCAACUCCUACAAGAUGGUAUAUGUCUUCAAGUCAGAGGACUACAUGUACAGACGCACUGCCCUGCUGCGAGCCCACCAGUCGCACCAGAGGGUGAGCACACGGCUGCAUCGGCGCUUCCAGGCCUGGGUGGAUGACUGGCUCAAGGAGCAUGUGACACCAGAGAUGACUACCAGCUGCACCAAGUGGCUCAUGGGAGAGGGUCGAGAAGGACUGCUGCCCUGCACCACCACCAGGGAGCCUGAAAUUGUACACUUUAUGAGCAUCAACAAAUACCGUGUCAAGUACAGCGCAGCGAGCAAAGCACCAUAGCCUGCCGGGGAAGGGGUGGAAGGGGGAGAGAGACGAAGGGACAGUUAUUUUUCAGAAGAACAGGGUGACAAAGUGUCACCUCAUCAUAUUGCCAGCUGAUCACCUUUUUGUUUCUCUUUGUUUUUAACAUUUUAGCUGUACCUGCAUGCUGCAGGCCCUUGGUGCCAAAACUGAGUCAUCCCAUUCAACGAAACACCUGCCCACUCUUAGUGCAGCUCCAAUCAGCUGCUCAGUAAAUUGAAAUCACCGGAUUCACCAGUAUAAAUAACUUCUCAGGAGCUUUGGUUUGCAUCAGUGACACCUCGGAGAGCCACUGAUAGAUGGGGCUACUAGAUACCUUCUGACACAAUGUCAAGUGCACUUUUGUCAGGUGGUUGUACAUUUGGGUGGUUAGGAAUUGAUAGGCUUGUAAAUGUCUAAAUCCAUCCUAAACUGAAUGUUCUUAAAUGUGAAGUGAUAUGCACAAGCGUAAAGGUAAGAGGGAUUUACUUUCUGCAAGAACUGUACAUUUCUUGCCAGGAGUGGUUGAAAUAUGCCCUUAACUUUUUGUCCCCAUCUUAUUUUCAUAUUCCCCUCAUUGAUGCGUUGUGUUCAAUGAGUUCAUUUUCACAACAGAUGAUUGAAGUCAUGAUUUGCAGUAUCUCUGUUUGAGCGAUUUAAUUCGCAUUUCCUUUCGCAAGGAAAAUGGUAAACACAAUAUAUUGCCUGUUUAUCUGAGGCAGCAUUAACAGAUCUAUAUUUCAGCCACAGCUGCAGAUUGUGGUUUAUGGAGAGAAGUUAUCAGAACAAUUAAUGUGAAAACAUAUACUUAAUUUAGUCAGACACUUGUGUGGUUUCUGGCAACACACUGUAAAGUUGUAUAGCUUGUGAAUGUCAGUUUGACAUUUAUGUAUACUGGUAUGUAUAAUCAAAACUAACUCUGACCUCUGUGGUGCAGUACUCGAGUUUCCGGCAUUACCCUAUACCAGCACAUCCAGCUAGAACACUCAGAACGAUAGAAAUGGUUGAUAAUGUGUACGACCCACACAUUGCAGACUCUUUGUAAAUUAACUGUAAAUAGUGCAACCUUUUUUAUGACAAAUCUGCAUUGGUUUGUUAGCCUGCAUCAAAAAGCUUUCAGUGAACUUUAGUGAGAGGUGGCUAAGGUUAGUACAUAUAAAAAAAACAGAUUUACAAGACAGUUUAUUACAGUUUUUACCAAAGGGAGUUUAUUAAAGUUAUAGCUUCUUCUGUUACUUUAUUUUUUAGUAGAAAAAAAUACAAAAAAGUUUCAUUUGAAAGGAGAAAUGUCCAGAAUUUUUGAAAUGGAGGUUUUUAUAAAAACAUCCUUUCGUGAAUUUACAAGUGUAAAUUUUGCUUCAGUUUCAGACUGUAGUAUCACUGCCCAUUUGGAUAUCUUUAUUACAUGUCGGAAAAGAACAAGAAAGACUCAUUUUACCCUUGGAAGGAUUACACCAUGAAACUUGACAAGAGCAAAAAGUGUUGUGUGUACACUGUGGUUACAAUUUUUGCUGAAAGUAUACAUGAGAAUUUGUAAAACAAAUUAGAAAAGCAUGUCUUUUUGUGGAUCAGUAUAGCCCCUUUAUUUCAAUAGUAUUCAAUAUUUCUAAUAAAAAGGACACUUGCAGCUCAUUCAUCCUGUGUGUUCGGCCGGUUGUCCAGUUUCCUGCCCAGCCCACGUUUUGCAUAUAUCUUGUGUUUAUGCUGAAUUUUUUUUUAGACUGCCAUCUUCACUGUGUUUUUAAUCAGUUUAGUUGCACGGAGAAAGUGGGAAUUGGAUAUUUUUAGAAUUUUUUAUUUUUAAACAUCCACCCCCAAUUUUAUUAAAUUGCUUGGAAGUCGUGGAGUUCGGAGUUAAUUUCUCAUCUGCCUUCCACACACAACCCUAAUGGAGAUGCUGCUGUAAAUCUCCACAAAAUCUGAACCUGUAUCUGGUUCUGACCAUGCAGUGCAAAAACUAAAUAUCACCAAGGAUCACUUGGAAUUGCGUCCCAUACGAAAACUGCAUUUAUGGGCCCUUUCUUGUUCCCGUUUCAUAGCCACAUGUGUGAAUAUGGCACUGCAGUACAGCCCCCC